AUGACGGACCUUCAAGAAGAGAAGAAGAAGAGAUUGCGAGAAACGAAAGAGAAGAAAAAAAGAUUGCGAUGGAGGAGGUCAAGGAGGGUGAGGUUGCAUUGGAGAUCCCUGACGUCGUUGGAGGAGGUUGCAGGGGAGGCGCAACCAGAAGUGGCUGAAGAAAAGAAGAAGAAGAAGAAGAAGAAGAAGACCAAGGGAAAGAAGGUUGGGGAGGCUGAAUCUUCCCAUCAUCGCAAAGAAAAGAAGAAUAGAGAGAAAAAGGAUGAUGUUGAAGAUGAGAAGGCCACCAAAGAAAGAAAGAAGAAGGAAAAAGAAGAAAAGAGAAUGCACCGACGUGAAGAGAGGCGCUUGAGAAAAGAAGAGGAGGCAAGGCAGAGGGCUGCGAGCCCUGAGAAGGAUGGAGAAUCAACCUCUGUGAGGGAGUGCCCAUCCAUCAUAGUGCCUCAGGUAGUGCGAAGCUUUUACCGUGGGCGGCUACAUGGAAAUAGGGAUGCGGUGACCUUUAAGGGAGAAACAGUAUCCUUCAACGCAAAGGACAUCAACGAAAUUUAUCAGAUGAAAGACGACCCUGAUGCAUCAAGGAACAAGAUUAUUGAUGAUCCCACAGAAGAACAGAUGGAGGACGCAAUGAGGGUACUAACGCAACCGGGCAUGAAGUGGUCGAUCUCACUCAAAGACAUUCACACCUUGGAGUCCAAGUCCUUGCUACUGGAGGGAAGGCUCUAG